AUGCAUGUGUGCAAGAUUUUUUUCCCUCCCCCAACCAUACCACAUAUCUUUCAUUCUCUGUUUUUUUUUUUUGUUCCCUACUGUCUUCCUUAUUUUAAAAGCACUUACACUUGUAGAAUUCUUUUCUAUAAAAGCGAGACCUCAAAGAAAGAAAAGAUGUGCAAAUCAACACAAAUAUUUAUAACCGGACAUAGCAGAAGACAAUUACUUCUUGUAUCUUCCUCUGUUCUGUUUACUGUCAUCCCUUCAACUCUCUUGUUUUAUCUCUUUUUCUUUCUUUCUUUCUUUCUUUCUUUCUUUCUUUCUUUCCUUCUUUCUUUCUUUCUUUCUUUCUUUCUUUCUUUCUUUUCCUAUUUCUCUUUCUAUCUUCAAAUUAGUCACUCUUUGUUCUUUUUCCCUUCUUUCCGUUUCUUUCUUUCUUUCUUUCUUUCUUUCUUUCUUUCUUUAUUUCUUUCUUUCUUUCUCUCCCUUCACUCUUUUUUCUUUUUCCCUUCUUUCCGUUUCUUUCUUUCUUUCUUUCUUUCUCUUCCUGUUUCUCUUUCUAUCUUUCACUUAGUUUCUCUUUUUCCAUUCUUUCCCUUUCUCCUUUUUCUUUCUUUCUUUCUUUCUUUCUUUCUUUCUUUCUUUCUUUCUUUCUCUUUCACAUUCUCUCUCGAUAUAUAUUUUCAUUCCAUUUUUCUUUCUAUCUUAUUCUCUCUUUUUGUUUUUUUUUUUUCUAUCGCCAUCUUUCCUUUAUUGCUAAUAUUUUCUUUACAUGAUUUCUCAGACGAUAUUUUUCAAAUAAGAUUUUCACCCUCCCCAAGCUGGAAUGCCUUAACAAACCAUCUUCGGCUUUCUUUACGAAUAUACCCCAAGGCUAACUUAUUCAUAAUCAUUAUUUUUUAUUCAUUCUUCUUAUUUUUUUCUUCAUUUUUCUUCUUGUUCAUUUUCCUUAGUUUUUCUAUUAUUGUUUCAUUCGUUCUUUAG